UAGAUUUUUUAAUUUUGCUUCAACUGUUUGUUCAGCUUGCAUUUUAUUCGUCUUCUCGAUUGUCUUAAAUUUACAAGAGGCAACUCCAUUAUGACUUCGGUAGUAGCAUUGAUUAUGUCUAUUUCCGCUAUUCUCACCAUUACCAGUGGUUCAGUGAUUCAAGAAUUUCCCGGGAGUAACAUUGUCAAAGAUAUGUGUCCACAAGUUGGGUUUACCGCCGCAGAGUAUCAAGUGUCUGUUAUCACUGCUAUGACUUUGGAUUCGCCACAGAUUGGUGGUUGUGGGUUAAUCGACUUCAAAUCUACAGGCGUUUUGAAAAAAUCAUUUAGCGUGUGGCUUGGAAGUUUGAAUAAUGGCAUGCAACGUUGCCGUGAGAAAGAUAUGGAACAAUUCAACUUUUCCUGUCAGUCAGAAACAUCCUUGCCGGAGUCAGAAGAAUUCAUGAAGGGAGUUAUGUUUGGACAGGUAUUCGGCCGAGUCAACAACAAUGAGGACAAAUCAAGUAUCAGAUGUGCUAUUCACGAUAUGGUCAAAAGCAACGCUACAACGUUCCGUAUGGCAGUUAGCGGGGACAAUUCAUGCCAUGGUUUGGCAGAUUUACUGCAGUCAAACCUACAGACGACAUUUCCCGAUGGGGCCAUGGUACUGCAAUUGCGCAGAUCGAGAUUGUUAUCUAACCAAAUAAGAGUCUAAUCAUUUU